AUGAGUCCCUACAGUGGUUCCACCGGUGAUUUGAUGACGAUGGUUGAGCCAGCCCUUGCCAGUGCCACACAAGAUAUUGAGAACAGCAACAUUCUUCCAGGCUACCGAUUACGAAUGCUGCUGGUGGACACGAAAUGCAACGCAAGAGAUGCCACCGUGGCGACAGUUACGGCAUUGUCGACGGGUGUGCCCAAACACAUUAUUUUCGGUGAUUCUUGCAGUUCUGCGUGCGAAGCUAUAAAUGAUGCGGCUUCUUUCUUCAAUGUGCUUCAGGUAGGUCCGGGCUGCACGUCUACGAGCUUGAGCGAUUCGGUCCGGUACCCCUACUUCACCCGAAUGGCUCCGUCGUAUCGAUUCAACAUCUUGGCCGUAUACGAGUUCAUGAAACUCCUGCAUUUUCAUAGAGUUGGCGUCGUGAUGCUUGGAUGCAUUGUGCAUGACGGGGAAACACGCGUUUGA